UGAGGAGUUAGGGACAGCUGGAAACUGAGGGGCAGAGGGCGGGGCUGGGGAAGGGACGCGCCAUGGCUCCCCCUACCCUCCCACGCACCCCCCUGCUACGUCAGAAGCUCCCGGACCAGCUCCGAGUCCUGUCGGUGGGGGCAGCAGGAUGCUGGUAGAAGCGGAGGGGGCCGGCCGGGUGCCUCCGCAGCUCGGCUGGCAGGGCCCAGCGCGGUGUGUGCGGCUGCUAGUGCGUGCACCCCCGCCCCACGCCUCCCCAUGCAUCCCUGGCAGUGCCUCCGGCGCUUUGCCCUGGCCUGGUGGGAGAGGACAGCCGAGGGCAGCGCCCGAUCUUCUAGGGAGGAAACUGGACCGAGAGAUCCGGGGGGCCGAAGGGAGCCAGGGCUCCAGCGUGCAGCGGGAGGGAAGCCUUCAGGACUCUGUUCCCUCUGUUUAAAGUCUCCAGAUCCGGAGCGGAGCAGCCCCCCCAUGCUGUCUGCGGAUGAUGCCGAGUACCCGCGCGAGUACCGGACCCUGGGGGGCGGGGGCAGCGGGGGCAGUGGGGGCCGGCGCUUCUCCAACGUGGGGCUGGUGCACACGUCGGAGCGCCGGCACACGGUGAUCGCCGCCCAGAGCCUGGAGGCGCUCAGUGGGCUCCAGAAGGUUGACGCCGAGCGCAAGCGCGAUGCCUUCAUGGACCAUCUGAAGAGCAAGUACCCCCAGCACGCUCUGGCCCUGAGGGGUCAGCAAGACAGGAUGCGAGAGCAGGUUGGCGGCUGGACCGUGGACCCCGUGUGCCUCCUCAGCUCCCUCUGCUCCCACCUCCAUGGCGACUCCGCCCCCUCCGGGGCUGGCCAGCCGGCCCAGCAGCCAAACUACUGGAGUUUCAAGACCCGCAGCUCACGCCACACUCAGGGAGCCCAGCCCGGGCUAGCAGACCAGGCGGCCAAGCUGUCCUACGCUUCAGCUGAGUCGCUGGAGACCAUGUCGGAAACUGAGCUGCCUCUGGGCUUCAGUAGGAUGAACCGCUUCCGACAGAGCCUGCCCCUCUCCCGUUCUGCCAGCCAGACCAAGCUGCGCUCUCCAGGGGUGCUGUUCCUGCAGUUCGGGGAGGAGACUCGGCGUGUGCACAUCACGCACGAGGUCAGCAGCCUGGACACGCUGCAUGCACUCAUCGCGCACAUGUUCCCGCAGAAGCUCACCAUGGGCAUGCUUAAGUCGCCCAACACCGCCAUCCUCAUCAAAGACGAGGCUCGCAACGUCUUCUACGAGCUGGAAGACGUCCGGGACAUCCAGGACCGCAGUAUUAUCAAGAUCUAUAGGAAGGAGCCACUCUACGCCGCUUUCCCUGGCUCACACCUUACCAACGGGGACCUCCGGAGAGAGAUGGUGUAUGCAUCGCGGGAGUCGUCGCCCACGCGGCGCCUCAAUAACCUGUCACCUGCGCCGCACCUGGCGUCGGGCUCGCCACCGCCGGGGCUGCCGUCCGGGCUGCCUUCGGGCUCGCCGUCGCGCUCACGCCUCUCUUACGCCGGGGGGCGUCCGCCCUCCUACGCCGGCAGCCCGGUGCACCACGGCACCGAGCGGCUGGGAGGCGCCCCCGCCGCCCAGGGCGUCAGCCCCAGCCCCAGCGCCAUCCUGGAGCGGCGCGACGUGAAGCCGGACGAGGACCUGGCGGGCAAGGCGGGCGGCAUGGUGCUGGUGAAGGGCGAAGGCCUCUACGCCGACCCCUACGGGCUGCUCCACGAGGGCCGUCUGAGUUUGGCGGCUGCCGCGGGCGACCCUUUCGCCUACCCGGGUGCCGGUGGCCUCUACAAGCGCGGCUCAGUGCGCUCGCUCAGCACCUACUCGGCCGCGGCGCUACAGUCCGACCUGGAGGAGUCCCUGUACAAGGCGGCGGGAGGCGGCCCGCUCUACGGCGACAGCUACGGCUUCCGCCUGCCGCCCUCGUCGCCUCAGAAGCUGGCAGACGUGGCGGCGCCCCCGGGAGGUCCCCCGCCACCCCACAGCCCCUACUCGGGACCACCCAGCCGUGGCUCGCCGGUGCGCCAGUCCUUCCGCAAAGACUCGGGUUCUUCCUCGGUCUUCGCAGAGAGCCCUGGAGGCAAGACCCGAAGCGCUGGUGGCUCCUCCACGGCUGGAGCCCCGCCUUCCGAGCUCUUCCCAGGGCCUGGAGAGCGCCCACUUGUUGGGUUCGGGCCGCCUGUGCCAGCCAAGGACACGGAGACCAGGGAGCGCAUGGAGGCCAUGGAGAAGCAGAUUGCCAGUCUCACAGGCCUGGUGCAGAGUGCCCUACUACGAGGCUCGGAGCCUGAGACGCCCAGUGAGAAGAUCGAAGGCUCCAAUGGAGCAGCCACCCCCUCAGCACCCUGUGGGUCAGGCGGCCGGAGCAGCGGGGCCACCCCAGUGUCCGGCCCUCCCCCACCCUCAGCCAGCAGCACCCCUGCGGGACAGCCCACUGCCAUCAGCCGUUUGCAGAUGCAGCUGCACCUGCGUGGCCUGCAGAACAGCACCAGUGACCUGCGCGGCCAGCUUCAGCAAUUGCGGAAGCUCCAGCUACAGAACCUGGAGUCUUUGCGCGCGCUGCUGAAGGGCACAGAAGCGGAGCUGAGCAUGCGCGUGUCAGAGGUGGCGCGGCGGCAUGAGGACCCGCUGCAGCGACAGCGCACCCUGGUGGAGGAGGAGCGGCUGCGCUACCUUAACGACGAGGAGCUCAUUACCCAGCAACUCAAUGACCUGGAGAAGUCAGUGGAGAAGAUCCAGAGGGAUGUGUCCCAUAACCACAGGCUGGUGCCGGGGCCUGAGCUGGAGGAGAAAGCGCUGGUGUUGAAGCAGCUUGGGGAGACGCUGACUGAGCUCAAGGCUCACUUCCCAGCGCUACAGAGCAAGAUGCGGGUAGUGCUUCGUGUGGAGGUGGAGGCAGUGAAGUUCCUGAAGGAGGAGCCACAGCGCCUGGAUGGGCUACUCAAACGCUGCCGCGGGGUCACAGACACGCUGGCUCAGAUCCGAAGGCAAGUGGACGAGGGGGGGUGGCCACCGCCCAACAACCUCCUGAAUCAGUCCCCCAAGAAGGUGACAGCCGAGACUGACUUCAAUAAGAGCUUGGACUUCGAAAUGCCACCCCCCAGCCCUCCGCUGAACCUCCAUGAGCUGAGUGGGCCAGCCGAGGGAGCUCCUGUUACCCCCAAGGGGGGCAACCCCACCAAAGGCCUGGAAACUCCUGGCAGCAAGAGAAGCGUGGACAAGGCUGUGUCUGUUGAGGCUGCCGAGCGAGACUGGGAGGAGAAGCGGGCAGCCCUGACUCAGUACAGUGCCAAGGACAUCAACCGGCUGCUGGAGGAGACACAGGCGGAGCUGCUGAAGGCCAUUCCUGACCUGGACUGUGCGAGCAAGGCCCACCCAGGCCCGGCCCCCACCCCUGACCACAAGCCCCCCAAGGUCCCCCAUGGCCAGAAGGCAGCCCCCCGAACGGAGCCCAGUGGGAGGAGGGGCUCAGAUGAGCUGACAGUGCCCCGAUACCGCACGGAGAAGCCCUCCAAGUCGCCCCCACCGCCCCCUCCCCGCCGGAGCUUCCCCUCCUCCCAUGGCCUGACCACCACACGCACCGGAGAGGUUGUGGUCACCAGCAAGAAGGACUCAGCUUUCAUCAAGAAGGCCGAGUCUGAGGAGCUGGAGGUACAGAAGCCCCAAGUGAAGCUGCGCCGGACUGUGUCCGAGGUGGCUCGCCCGGCCUCCACACCGCCCAUCAUGGCCUCUGCCAUCAAGGACGAGGACGAUGAGGACCGCAUCAUCGCAGAACUGGAGGUGUUUGAGAGAAGCUCAGUGUCUUCCCUCCCCCCCACGCCCUGCCGCCAGCUGAUUCCCACCUUGCAGUCCCCCCAGGACUUGGGGUUCCCCGGGGGCUCAGGCCCAGGCCCCACAUGGAAGAGUGGUGGUGGCAGUGUGCCACCCAUGAAGGUGGUGACUCCAGGAGCCUCCAGGCUGAAGGCAGCCCAGAGCCAGGCAGGCAGCCCCGACAAAGGCAAGCACGGCAAGCAGAGGGCCGAGUACAUGAGGAUCCAGGCCCAGCAGCAGGCCACUAAACCAUCUAAAGAGAUGAGCGGGUCAAAUGAGACCUCAAGCCCAGUCUCAGAAAAGCCCUCAGCUUCCAGAACCUCUAUCCCCGUAUUGACUUCGUUUGGGGCGAGGAAUUCUUCCAUCUCCUUCUAGAAGCCCCCAGACACCUCCAGCCCAGCCUAUCCCCCCCCUUCCCUUACCCCAGCCAUUUCUCUGCCUACUCUUCCCUUCAUCUCCACCCCACCGCACCCCAUUCUCCAGACCCUCUGAAGGGUUGCCAAAGAUGUGGCCCUCCUCAGUUCUCUAUACCCAUCCUCUGUUGGUGUUUUUGGUUUUUUUAAAUGAUUCACUUUCAAUUAUCUUUUGUGUUGUUUUUUGUGUGUUUUUACAAAACAGUAAAACUAAGAACCAAAAUACACCAUCUUCCUUUGAUUUCCUAUUCUGAAAUGGCCCUCUUCCUGUCAUGGUCCCUCCCUUUUCUCUUUUCCCACUCUUCCUCCCAAGUCCAUCUUUCAGUUCCUGUACCCUACCUUCCCUUCCUGCCUUCCCCGGGACUUCCCAAAAGCACUCCAAACAAACUCUGAGCCAUGGAGACUUGGAGCAGCGAGACAUCCCCUCUCCACGUCAUUGAAACCUUCCUGGAGGAAAACCUGGACAUUGGACCAACUCCAAUAUCAGGCUGGAAAAUGGGAUGCAGGGAGACCCCGGCCCUGGAGGCACGCCCUCCUGUCCAACCUUGGGAUGUGUCUGAACUCUGCUCUCUGCUCUCUCCUACGCGCCCUGGUGGGCCUGAGUCAAGAUGGAUGGGCAGGAGAGGGAGGCCAGAGUUUGAGGGGCCUGGGGGGGAUGGUGUGUGUGAGUUCCUUGAAUCUGUGUGUCCUUGGAGGGGAGUUGACUUCCUGGGACUCCCUUCUUCCUGUGGUGAGGAGCCACCUGGCCUGUGCCAACGGGAGGAAGGGGCCCUUUCGGACUGCUGGCUGUGGAUGGUGGGUUGGGCAGACAGCCUAAUACUGGGGACACUGCCUUGGGAGAGGGCAGCCAGAGGAGGGAUAUUUGGUACUUUUAGUUCCCUAAUUUAGCACUUUAAAUGAUAUUAACUUAUUUAAUGGGGGUGGGUGGGCAAGAAUGAAGGGCCUAGAUGAUUAGAUUUUGAGGCCUGGAGGGUGGGAAGGGUCUUGUGAGGGAAAUGGGGUAAUACAGAGGGGGUGGAUGGGGGCAGUUCUGAGUCCAGAAGUGGGUGACUUAACCUUCAGCCAUCCUCUUUGAGAUUUGAGGGUUUUCCGGGGAGGGGUGACCCCUGGUGAGAUGCUUGAGGGUCCCUGAGGUCUGACCAGCCAGUCAGGGCCCCCAACCUGUGAAUGGCUGGCUGCCUUGCAGUGAGGCUUUUGGCUGGGGGUCCUGAGAUGGGGAGGGAGACCAAUUUUGGUUCUCAGCUCUGGCCCCCCGGAGGGCAGAGCGAGGGGCCAGCAGGGAGAUUAUGUGGGUGGGGGAGGAGGAGGAGAUGGAGCAGGGUCCCCAGGGAGCAGGAUUCCUAUUUGGAGCACAAAGUCGAGUAAGCACAGGGGACAGGGGUUUGGGUUUAGUCUCCCCAGUAAGCACAGAAAGAAGGAGCCAUUGAAGGGGCAGCACCUCAUAGACCCUGGGGCCUGGCAGGAAGGUCCUCGCUCUUAGGAGAGCCUGGGGGAGCUAUUGAGGGUUGGAGAGGGAGGGGAAAUUGGGUUGUGUUUCUUCAUUUCUUUCUCUUUUUUUGUUUUGUUUUUGUUAGUUCAUCCUUGUUUUCUAGCUUUGGAUCAUUUUUGUACAAAGGCAAGUAAGCCUUUUUGAAAAAGAACAAAAGAAGAGGGAAAAAAAAUCCCUCCCGAAAAAAAAAAAAACCCUGGAAAAUAGAAAAAAAAAAAGGACCUCAUAAAUGAUGCAAUUACUUUUAAUUGCAGGCAACUCUUUACAUUUAAGUGAAGUGUCUUAACAUUUUAUAUUGUUUUAAAAAUAUAUUUACAUAUUAUAUAUAUAUAAUAUACGUAAUAUAAAUAUAUAUAAAUAUUAAAAAAAAAAAAACCCACAGCACUCUCUCCCUGGCCGCUGUUUUGGCGGGGGAGGGGGGCUGGAGGAUGGAUACAUCAGCCUGGCUUCUGUGGUCCAGUGACUUGGUUUGGUUUGAUUUGGCUGUACAGAGACCCCUGACUUGGGAGGGUUGGGGGGAGUGGUGCCCCCUCCUCCCUCCACUCCAUUACUCUUUGCUUGCUACUUUUCACUUGCUCCCACCUCCCACCCUCGGCCCUGUGACCCGAAUGUGUGCCCCACCGUCAUUGUCCUAAGUUGAAUGUCCCUUUGUAGGGGGAGGUGGGGGAAGUGUCCAUCCGUGAGGGGCAGAUGGAGGGAGCCCUGGGCCCCACCCCACCCACUCACGUGGAGCCCAGUGGGCUUUGCAUCUUUCUUUCACUUUGGUUCCUGCACAUUUCGGGCUGAGAGGCAUUUGCAUGGAGUUGUAUGCAGCCUGUGUGUGUGCACUGGCGCAAGUCCACUGUGUAUGGAGAGAAGCAUGUGUGUGUACAGGUGUGACCUACCACACGUGUGCAGGGAGGCAUGCGCGCCUAGGUGCAUGUAACCUGCUUGGGCAUCAGCACGUGCCCACCUGUACAUUGGGUUCGAAGAGCUUUGCUUUGCGUGUGAGAAUGUGUGUAAUGUGUGUGUGCAGACAUGCGUAGCUGCAAGAGACUUGUAGGUAUAUGGGCCACAUAUGUGGAUGGGUGUACAUGGAGGUGUGUGUGACCUGUGUAUAUGUGCACGUGGGUGUAGACCCAGGCGUGUGGGAGUGCCUGUGAGUGUUCCAUCGUCCCUGCACCACCUGCUCCAGCUGCCCUCCCAAGCCCCCAUCCCCACGGUCCUCUCAAAGCCCACAGCACGUCAAUGCCCCCCCCCAGAUGCAUGCGCUUCGCUGCUCUGUCCAUCAGUGUGUGCUUGACCAAGAGAAAACUAAGUUGUCUGGGGGGGUCCCUGUACCUGGCCCCCCCAGCCCCUGCUCACUGUGCUGUGUUACUCGCAUGGGGCCUUUCUCUCCCGCCCCUUCCACUAUAUGCUGUUUCCCCGGGAGCCUCAGGCCCGAGGCUCUGAGAGGGGUCCCAGGCGGGGCUCCGCACCCCGCACCCCACCCUGUAGGGCUCGUGUUGGUGUAGCAGUGAUGGCUUCUGUGGAUAUUCUGUGACCUCUGUCAGUGUAACUUGACAAUUUCUAAAUGGAAAAGGGUUGCUGUGUUCUCUCUGUCUCUCUCUUUUUUAAUGUCCUUUUUCUUCUCCCUACUUCGCCUCUCUCUUUCCUUUUCGGUUUUUCUAGCCGAGUGUUUGGGGCUUAAAUAAAACUUGUUUCUUUUUCCUCUCCUGGA